AUGGAAGCAGCCAGCAGCUAUGACAGAAAUGAUACGCUUAGGAGUGCAAAAAAUGGGUCUACAAAAAAUAAUAGAGAACAACAGGAUGAAAAAAAUGACAGCCAUUUAUUGACCAUAUAUUCGUUCAUUAGCAGCUAUGUAUUUAAGGAAGACAUGAAUUACGACGAAAAUGACAGCAGGUACGAGUUGCUAGAGAGCCAGGAUUUGGAACAUGAAGGCUGCGAAAAGAAGGUCAGCUUUAGUGAGUAUAACGAAAAGGUGUACCGGUAUUACAGGGGCAGGAGUGGAAGCGACCAGGAGGGAGAAGGGGAGGAGGAGGAGCACGAAUAUGAUCAUGAGGAGGAGGAAGAAGAGGAAGAGGGGGACGAUGAGGAGGAAGAAGAGGAGGAGGAAGACGAAGAGGAUGAAGAGGAGAACGAAGAAGACGAACGCGACUGCCCUGCGGACAGCGGCGUGCAUCCCAUGGCGAGCGCAAACGAAGAAGACAUAAUCGUGCAGGGGAGCGUCCCGCGAAAAAAGGGAAAAUCAAAAAGCCGCAGAAAAAAGGGAACACCCCCCACAAAAAAUAAUAUGACCCAGAUGAAGGAUGCAAAAUACAGAAAUAAGAUACGCAAAAAGGGGAAAAAAAAGAAAAUACAUAACGUAAAUGAGGACUGUAAGGAGGACCACAGCAACGGGCCCAUAAAAAGAAACAUUAACAACAUCUCCAAAUAUUUCAUGCUGUCCAUGGAUAAUAUAAACGAGCAAGAAAACAUUUUUAAAGAUGAAAAACAGUUGUCCAGACAAAUGUCCUACUACAACGAUGCGUAUUACUACACCUCCGAAAUGAUAUAUAAAAAUAAUAAGCGGCACAAAGAGAAGUUCGCGCUGUACUUGAGAUUAAUGUCUUUGUUUGUCAACAUAAUGAUUGGGAUUUACCUCAUAACGCACUUCCCCCACACGAAUAACGAAUUUGAGAUGAACUCGCAGAAUAGGCACUCCAGGGAACACGAAAGUUUAAAGGAAAUUAUUCGAAAUAGACUAGACCCUGCUAAGAAUGGCCCACCUGCAGCGUAUGGCGCACCUGCAGUGUAUGGCGGGAGCGCGGAUGAGCAUAUGAGCGCACUGACUAGCCAAAGUGAAGUGCUGCAAAAUAAUGAAAAAAAGAGGAAAUAUUUGGACAUCCUCUUUAGAGGUAGUUCAAAGGAUAAGGGAAACGAAAAGGGAAUGGAAAAGGGGAAGAGGCCCAAUUCGGCUUCUCCCUCGAAGGAUGAGAACAACCUGGAUAGCAACGAGGAGGGUAAAAACGCUGUCCUGACAAGGGGCAAUUCUCCCACUCCCGCCUCAAAAAGCAGCAACGAAAGCGCAAAGGAAACCCCCCAAGUUAAUAACCUUAUCACAGAAAUUGACAUAGUAAAUUUAAUCGAUGACGAAUACAUAAUGCACUACAUCUAUCUUGAAAUGAACAAAAUAUAUAAAUAUGCAAUAUAUUCCUUCUUUGGAGAAUUGCUGGUAAUAUCUAUCAUUGUCUUUUCUCUAUUCAUUUUACGGAUCAUUAUAAAAGACAACAAUAAAUUCAGCGUAAUCCUAACAAUGUAUGGCAUAUUGUAUAAAAUAUUUUGCUACAUAUUCGCUCACUACGUAUUAGUUAUGGGUCUGUAUAUCCUAUCCAUUUAUUACAAUAUAUAUGUAAAUAAAGAUAUAUAUGAACAUAGCUUUAAUUUUUUUUGUUACCACUAUGUUUAUAAUAAUCUGCACAUACACUUCCUCAUGUUGUUUUACGCAUUUCAAAAUAUCAUCUUCACCAUAAAUGACGCAUUCAAUUGCAUCAGAAUGAUGUUUAUAAUAUUCAAGCAUAUUAUGGUUAGAAUAUAUGAGAAAAUUACUUGCAAAAAUUUUAUUACAUUUUACGAAUUAAAGGAAGAUAAAUCCCCCUUGUCUUUGAAUUGUAUGAAUAAAUUUAAGAAGAAGUGCAACAUGAAUAAUAAGUGCUGUCGCGAUAAGACCUGCGUGGAAAUAGACAUCGACGAAAUUCACGAGUUGGAGUAUGACAAGAGUCAGCUGCCUUUCCCCAGCCUACAUCAGAAGCCAUAUUGCAAAAAUUUAGAUAUUAAGACGUAUGAGCAGUCCCUCCUCAACAUGCGCAACCCCAUCUUUAAGUAG